AUGGCCUCAAUAGAGGCGAGCAGCAAACCCUUCAUAGUCUCGCUGGGCGACCCGAAGUACGUCGGCGAGGAAUUCCUCCAAGACUUCACGCGAGACUUUGACUUUGAGGUCCUCCCGGCGACGAACCGCAGAGAAACGCAAGAAUUACUCCCUCGGCUUGUAGCCAGGGGUCGUCGUGUCGAUGGCUUCAUCAUCCGCAUGGGCACGAUCCCGUACGAGCCGUUCGACGAAGACCUCCUCGGCGCCCUGCUCCCCGGGUGCAAGAUCAUCGCGUCCGCGUCUGCAGGAUACAACGAAUUCGACGUCGACUGGAUGACGCGCAACAACACCCGCGCAACGUCCCCGGCACUGAUUCUGCGCUGGUUCUGCAACACAAGAGAUGCCGUCGCCGAGGCCACGGCCGACAUGGCCAUGUUUCUCGUCCUGGCGGUGCUCCGCGACACGACCAGGGCAGAGAAGAGCCUCCGAUCCGGCAGCUGGAAGCACGGCCUUGUGCCGAGUAGAGACCCGACGGGCUUGACGCUGGGGAUAGUAGGAAUGGGGGCGAUCGGAAAGUAUACCGCGCGCAAAGCGGCGGCGUUCAACAUGCACAUCAAGUACCACAACCGGCACCAACUCUCGCGCGACGUGGAGAAGGAAUACAACGCGACAUACUCGCCCACACUACACGCCCUGCUCUCGGCCAGCGACGUGGUCUCCAUCUCGUGCCCGCUCACCGCGGACACCACGAACCUGAUCUCCCGCGCCGAGUUUGCGGCCAUGAAACCCGGCGCGUAUCUCGUCAACACGGCGCGCGGGGCCAUCGUCGACGAGGACGCCCUGAUCGAGGCGCUCGAGUCCGGCCGCGUCGCUCGCGCAGGCUUGGACGUGUUUCCCAACGAACCGCACGUCAAUCCGUAUUUCCUGGCCAGCGACAAAGUCGUCGUCCAGCCUCAUAUGGGCGGGCUGACGGACGUGGCGUUCGGCAAGUCGGAGCGCGAGUGUUUUGAGAAUGUGAGGUGUUUGUUCCGCACGGGAAGGCCUGUUGCGCCGGUGAAUGAGGUUCCGGCUAAAUGA